UUGUGAUAUUUGACAUCAUAAUCUAAAUUAUUAAAGAAAUUCUAAAUCGUGGGACAGAAUCCCUUUUUUUCCUCUUUCGACUAGUAUUCCUAUUACGUGAACUUGUGGACUGAUUUUGUUCGAUGUAGGAAUCCCAUUGAAUACAAGGCGGCGCAUGGCAAUACGCCUGACUGAUCAAUCUAAUGUGAUGUGAUAUUGCUACUUUGGUUUUUACUUUGAUCGUAUUUUGAAGAAGAAUGGCGCGUUGUGUCGGCUUUAAAGUCUGAAAGAUCGAAUCGUUUUCAAAUCAGAUGUGCAAGGUACUAUUCAUAGGAACGACCUGGUUUGGUUAAGAGAAAAUAAAUAUCGGAACAGAAAGGUGGAAAGCAUCACUGUUGGCUGGAAAGGACUGUGAACCGACUUGUUUUGUCUACUAAGUUAUAAUGCCCGGUCAAGGUUUACUGCAACGUCUCCAAAACGGAAGUAAUGUGAUGGUGGCCGAGGGUUAUUUGUUUGAGUUUGAGCGAAGAGGUUACCUUAAGGCAGGUGCCUUCGUUCCUGAAGUAGUCAUAGACCACCCGGAACUAGUGACUCAGCUGCAUGAGGAGUUCGUGCAUGCGGGAAGUGAUGUCGUGCUGGCUUUCACGUAUUAUGGCCACCGAGAGAAGCUCAGAGUGAUCGGGAAAGAGGAUCUACUUGAGGUCAUGAACAGGAAAGCCCUAGCUUUGGCACGCGACGUUGCCUGGGCAACAGGGACACUUUUUGCUGGAAACAUCUGUAAUACAACCAUUUACAGACAAGGCGAGGAGGAAAGCAAUAAGAAAGUAGCAGCAAUUUUCAAGGAACAAGUGGAGUGGGCAACAGAAGCAGGUGUGGACUUCAUUGUGGGUGAAACAUUCGGAGAACUGGGAGAGGCCAUGAUGGCCCUGGAAGCGAUAAAAAUGUAUGGAAAUGGAGUACCGGCUGUUAUAACACUCGUCCCAGCUGGCAGGGGUGCAACGUACGACGGAGUGCCCUUUGGUCAAGCCUGCCGGAAACUGGAGGAGGCUGGGGCUGCUGUCGUUGGACUGAACUGUGGUCGUGGACCUGGCACGAUAGUACCUCUAAUGAAAGAGAUACGACAGGCUUGCCAUGUGAGCGGUCAUUCCCAUACGACCUUCCAGGACAAACGUGUAGCAGAACUGAGAUAGAAAAGUUCUCAACAGCCUGUCGUGAACUUGGGGUCACCUAUGUCGGGCUUUGCUGUGGCAACUGUUCUCACUACAUGCGGAUUGUGGCCGAGAUUUUUGGUCGGAAUCCAGAGGCAUCCAAGUUCUCCCCCGAUAUGUCUCAACACUACAUGUUUGGGGAUAAAAAGAAAUUCAGUGACUACACGACUAAGGGAAUGGUGGAGUAUACAGGCGCUGAAACGUAAAAUAUUGUUUCCUUUUAUUCUGACGAUUCGCUCUGGAACUCUCAGCAAAAGACACUGGGGUACAUUGCGUGUAUUUUGCCCUGUAUAAGAAUAUGUAAUCUAGAGCACGAUAAGGUAGAACUACGCAACCUAGUUUUGUUCAUAAAUGAUAACGUAAGGAUUUUUAAAAUACAUGUUUUCUUGUUGAUGCUCAUCGUUGUGGUGUUUUCACUUUGAACUCUGAACUAUAUGGUAAAAAAAAAGUGUCAUCUUUGUUGUUGCAGCGGUGGUGGUGGUGGUGGUUGUGUGUGUGUGUGUGUG